AUGUAUUCUCAGCGCCAGGUGCCGCCUCCGCUGAAGCGCUCCUAUUCGGGGGAUAGCCAAAGCAGUUAUGCCAGCCGUGCGACAACCGCCUCGAAUGCCAGCUCCAGAUUGCUUUUUGGUGAGAUUCCGCUGUCGCCCUCGACUACGGUAGACGGACGAUCGGUGCGCUCUUACGGCUCAGUAUGCAACCUCGUGCUGUCCACCAGCUCCGUCUUCCUCCGCUUCUGGCUGAACGACAAAUGUCGCGACAACAUGCUCGAGCAAAUGGAGCCCGAGGACCUUGCCAACUUCCGCCUCGUCUGCCAUGACAUGUCCACACGCGCUGCGCCUUUCCUUUUCGAUUCAGUCACUACCACCUUCAAAUCAUCAACCUUCACCAAGCCCGCCCGCAUCGACGCCCUUUCCCGGAUAGGACGCCACAUCAAGACACUUACCUUCCACAUGCCGCACACUCCCGAUACCUUCCUGCCGCCCGUCAUUGAUCCGGAAACCGGAGCAGAGAAGCAGUUUGUCUACGAGCCGCAGGUGCAGAACCCACAGAACGGCCCGGCGAAAGACAAGACACCAAAGUACGGGAGCUGGGAAAUGCAAGACCUCCUUGUCAAGCAGUACCCGCCUCUGUUCCACGCCGCCACAAACGUUCCCUCUUUUGUUUCCGCCUUCUCCGAGCUUAUCAACCUCAUCCACCUGAAGAUCUCGUGCCCCGGCUCGAACAACCAGAUCCGACACCGCCGAACCGUGGUCGACUAUGCCCUCAUCUCCAUCCGGAUCGCCGUCGAGCGUGCGCCAUUGUACAGCCUGACGGCCCUGUCAAUGCAUCCCAUUCACGCAGGCGGCCUUCUCUACCUCCACCCCAUGCACGGCUUUGGAAGCACUCCAUCAUCGGCAAAGCGCUGGACCCAAAUCCGAAGGCUAUCCAUCUGCAUGGAGUCCAUUCCCUUCUGCACUUCAUCCGAUAAGACACGCGCGCAGUCGAUCGAACACUUGCGCAUCCUUCACGCCUAUCUCCGAACACUGUCACGUGGUGUCACGCGACUACACUUCCGAUGGAAGGGCGAGCGCGGUCCUUCUCCCCUCUCAUUGGACAAGGAACCCUGCAUGCAGCCUGUCGAGGACGAGAUGACACACCCAACCAUGCGCGGCGAGGUCAAGGGCCCCAAGCCCCUCAAGUUCACACGCCUUCGCUGCAUGGAGCUCGAAAACGCCGUCAUGGACUCCGCGCAGAUCUCCAACUUCAUCGAAACCCACCGCCGCACGCUCGUCGAGUUCAACUUUGAAGACGUCAAGCUCCGCGAGGGCAGCUGGGACGAUGCGCUCCAGCCUCUGACCGUCAUCACCGGCAGCGACCGCUGGAAGAAGACCCAGGAAGAGGUCAUGGACGUCCCCAUCAUGCUAUCUCCCAUCGACGCGGAGCCACGCAUUAUGGGCCCGCUACUCGAGGAAGUCGACCAGGCUAUUGAAGACGCCAGCAAAGAUCGGGGUGGCCACACACUCUCCCGAUGGCUCAGCAAGCCAAACCAAAAGCUGAAGAAGAGCCCUGCCAUCGGCCCGAGCGGCAAGGUAGACAGCUUCUUCGGCGCAGACCACAUGAAGCGCUUCCUGCGCAUCUCAUCGUGGAAAUAG